UAUCAGGAUACUAUAUAUAUCCUCUCAACACUGUGGAUGGCAUCAACAAGGGCAAUCUAGAAGUCCAACAAAAAUACCUACCUCACUUUGCACUUCAAAACAAUCCUUUUUCUUACAACUGAAGCAAAGAUGAAGGGAGUCAUCAUUUCAGCUAUUGUAGUGUUGGCCAUGAUUCAGCUCAUGUUUGAGCCAGCACAAGCCCUCACUUGUGGACAAGUAGAUGCAUCUUUGGCACCAUGCAUUCCAUACCUUAAUCAAGGAGGUGAGCCAGGUGCAGCUUGCUGCAGUGGAGUGAAAAGCCUGAAAGGAUUGGCCCAAAGCACAGCUGACAAAAAGGCUGCUUGCAAUUGUGUCAAGGCUGCUGCUAACCGGUACGCAAACCUUAAAGAUGAUGCAGCUCAAGCUCUUCCUACCAAGUGUGGUGUCACCAUGGAUACCCCCAUCUCCAGAAACGUUAACUGUGAUGCCAUCAGUUAUUAAAAGACAGGAGGAAAACUAUGAGCAUCUGCAAGAAAAUAAAGAAGGAUGACUUCUCAGUGAAUCCUCAUAUUUAUUUUGCCUAUGUUGUACUUAUUUUCUUGUAUCAGUAAAAUAAUGUUUCUGGCUCGAGUGA